AUCAGCUUCGCAGUUCAAGUUCAAUUGUGUGAAGGGAGUCGUUAGAGAAUCACAACGUCUCUUCCAACGUGCUCUAGGCUUGUUAGAGCAACUCACAGUGGCUUGAAUUGAUCUCUCGUUUGCAGCAGGCUAGUUGCACAUUUACGAGAAACCCAGCACCUCGUUGUCGUGCUUUCAGUCCGAGUGCUCCCGCUGUCGCAUAGCUGAGGCUCAACGACGUCGCGCGACACCUCAGAAUAGACGCUUUGUCGCCAUCGCGCGCCCGCGGAGAUCCCAACGACUACCAGAACAUUAAUGGGCGCUCUCACGGCAAUAGUUUGAAGUAAACUGCUCAUUGUGCAGCAAGCCGAUGGAGAGAUCGGGAGCGUCGAUGGUCACGAAACCCCGCAUACCUCGAAACUAAGACCUAUCCAAGAUGUCUUUCCGCCAAAACGGACAGCAUAGAUAUGGCCACGUCCCUCCGCAACAAUAUGGAGGCCAGCAGCCAGUUCAGAAUGCAGGCCUUGGCUUGCAGCGACAGUCAAGCUUCGACAACGGCGAUGAUGCCCAGUUCUUCGACAAUACGAAUGGCACACGGCCACCGCCGGCGCAGCCAAACGCUUACGCGCAACAAAACCAUUAUGGGAGCCAAAGAUCACAUGGAGGAGGACAAGACGAACUAUAUCUAGAUGGGUCCGGCAGGGGCCAUCGAUCCCCGGAGCGACCACCAUAUAGUCCACAGCCUUCCCAGUAUACGAACCAGAUGUACGCAGGACAGGGCGGUGGAGUGCCGCAAACCCCGAGUACACCGUCAGCAUACAACCCACAGCACUUUCCACGGACGCAGUCGCAGAGCCAAGCGCAUGUUCAGACGCCUAAUUAUAAUCCUCAAUUAUACAGCAGCCAAAGUGUUUCUUCGCACCACCACCCCUAUGUCCCGGCCGCGUACCAGACACAGCAACCCCCGGUGCCGCCGCGGCCACCCGCGCAAUCCCCUUAUAUGCAACAAGGACCGAGUUAUGGAGCAUCUCCUAUUCCACAACAGAACCAAACAUUCAAUAGCCCGCCUAUUCAAGCGAGUCCAUAUUGGUCCCCCCAGAUUCCUCAGUCUCAGCAAUAUGGAGCUGCGCCACAAGUCCCCAACCGAGUGCCUACUCAACCCGCAUAUGAGACCUCCUAUGAACCCGCCUAUGAGCCUUCAUAUACCCCGUCGCUACCUGCACCUCUCCCUCCCAAACCGGCUCAGUACUCAGCUCCGCCCCCAGCGCCGACGUACCCUGCCAACGGGACUACAUACGGGUCUACCAAUGAUUACAGAGCGCAGAGCAACCCAUCCCCAUACCCAGCAGUUACGCAAAUGCCUAUGGGCCCAUCAUACUCUGCUGCAUAUGACGACUUCGGUGCCGAUGCGUAUGGAGGCAGACCCAGCCGCGCCUCAAGCAACAGCAACCCGCCCCAACCAGUCCCAGUGGAGAAUGACGUGCAACACAUCAGUCAGCUUCGACGGCAUCCAACUGGUCGCGCACUCCCAACUGCUCCUGCUAUCGAGGACACAGACCCGUUCGAUGAUGAUCAGGAUAGACUAUCUACUGAAGCCAGGGCACAGGAGCUGAUGUUCCAAGAGAUUGAGGCUGCUAUUGGGGUAAAUACUGUUAACAGGACUCAAAUAAGCCAACCGCACGCUCCAAUGAGUGGAGACCUACUCGAUAAUGAAUUCGGCGACCACCCCAAUGGUUUAGGUUCUGAGGCGCGAACACCAACAGCUGGCCAGACUUCCGAGCAGAUGUACGAAUUCGAAGACAGUGAUGAGGCGGAAGCUGCUUCUGGGGUUUUGGCAUUGAAGUUAGCCGAAGAGGAAGAGGCCAAUCAGGCCAACAGAGGUAGCAUGGGAUCAUUUGGGCUUUAUUCCCAACAACGGCCUCAAGAGGCAUCCCAGGAUGCCAGCAGCGACAGUGAUAAUUAUGCGGUGGGGAUGGAUCUCACGAUGCUUGGUGGGGGUCUUAAUGUACCGAUGUCGUACGGAAACGACAUUGCAGUUCGGGAUGAGAUGCAAGACGAAAGCCGCCCUUUGCCAGACAUGCGCGGACGGGAAGCGUACGCCCCUCCGACAGCAUCUGUGCUUGGAGGCUUGACUUACCAUCAUAUACCUAGCGAUGACAUACACCAUCCGUUCCCCCCUACUCACGACCCAGGAGCAGAAAUUCCAGCCCUACAACAACAGCACCGGCGUAGUUUUGACGAGGGUGAUGAGAGAUCAUCGCUUGGGUCCCGCUUGACGACCGAGUCACGUCUCAGUGGAAGGUCAGGAAGCGACAGCCCGUCGAGGGAGGAGUUUCCGGAUAUCCCCUACCAUCCCGGCAUUUCAGCAGCAUCUGCCCACAAUCGACCCUUGCCAGCGGUUCCUUCUUUAAGUGAAAACAGGACGCCGCAAUUGCUCCCUGCUGGAUCAUACCGUAACCCACCGAACCAACAACAGGACCCACAGAGGACAUCCCAAAUGUACCCUCCGGAUGGCCCCGAAUCGUAUGCAACCCAGGAUCUUCUCAACCCAGGAGGACAGUUUGUACCCAGAUCGGCAUCGUUGACAAGCCAUAGUAGCACCCCUCUCGUGGUCCCCCCUAUGCGCUCAAGGACGGAUGCCGAGGAGCGCCAAGCCAGACAGCGCGCUCUGAGAGGCCACGGCGUCGAUGGAUUUGAUGCAGGAACGCCGCAAUCGACAACGCCUCUUGACCUGCCAGCACUCCCACCAGGUCGACGAAAGAAGGCCACGCCCGAAAAUCUCAGGUCGUCCGACUACAAGAAGUGCAGAGAGCCGUGGGCGUUGAGCGGCAUUGCCGACUGGAUCCGGGAAAUGUACUGCGGGGAGUCAGGGGACGGAGAAGCUGACCUGCGUGUGAAGUCCAUUCAAGACUUGCUCGUUGCCCUAUUCACGCACAAAGUACCUACGAUGAACACUGCUGAUGCAGAAGUGAUAAGCGCCGUCGUCGUGAACGAUAUGCUGCAGGCCAGCGUGUUGGUAGAAGACGAGGAAUGGGUCAAGUUUGGCCCUGGGGAAAUAUCCGGAGUUCUCUGGCAGAUGAGCGGUUCUGGCUGUUACUCUCCGAAGGUUCACGAGCACGAGAUUCACGGCCGCUGCUACUCCCAUCACUGUCAUCGGACUCUGAAGAAGAUCAACCUGCAUGCGCAGAAAAUGGCACCGGCGAAACGAGCCGAGCCCUGGCAUGAGUUCUUCAAGCUCACCAAGUUGCAGAUUGAUGCGGCAGAUAGCAAGGAGGUGCUCCGGCAGAACAAUCUUCACGAAAUUAUCAUGUCCGAGGAUAAAUUCAUGGUGCAAUUGGAUGUCUUGCGGACGAUUUAUAGAGAUGAGCUUCAGGCCUGGCAACCGCCGAUUAUUGGCCAGGUCAAACUUCCUCGGUUCAUCCAACAGGUCUUCGGUAGGGCAGAGGCUGUCAAGAAUGUCAACAUGAACCAUUUGCUGGCACAACUCAAGUACCGCCAACAGGAGGAAGGCCCAUGGGUUACAGGAUUUAGUAGCAUCUUCCGUGAGUGGAAACGACGAGCGAGCCAGGUAUAUUUGGAUUAUGCUGCGAGCUAUCCAAAUGCCACUUAUUUAGUGCGGAGGGAGAUGGAAAAGAAUGUACUCUUCCGCCAGUUCCUCGACCAAGCACAGAGCAACAAAGUAUCUGAUCGUCUGGGGUGGGAUACCUAUCUCUUCGCGCCAUUGAAGCGACUGCAGCAGUAUACUUUACUGCUAAAAGAAGUUCUUAAGCAUACAUAUGUUGACAGCGAAGAGAAAAGCAACCUCAUAAUCGCCAUCAGGGAAGUAGAUGAUAUGACUCUCGCCUGUGAUGAAAAGGUCAAUGAAGAGAAUAAGAAGAUCGAGAUGCAAGAAUUGCAGACAAAGCUAUUCAUGCGCCCCGGGUUUAGGCGUGUUGAUCUUCACUUGGAUCAUCUUGGCCGGCAACUUAUCCUACAAGGAGACCUGCAACGGCCUGGUAGUAGUCGCUUCAACUGGCUGGAAACCCGUGCUAUUCUGUUUGAUCAUUACCUCGUGCUAGCCAAGGCUGUUGUUCAACGCGACAGUUCAGGCCUGAAAAACAAGGAGGUUUUCGAUAUUUCGAAACAGCCUAUACCGAUGCAACUUCUCGUGCUAGAAAGCACAAACGAUGAAGCGGUCGUGAAAUCUAAGGGGUUGGGUAGUGUAACGACAGUUACGAGAUCGGCUCCUUCGACUUCAGACUCAAGGAUUACCCGGGCAUCUACGGCAUCAGACCGCCCUCCGUUAGACCACGCCUCGACUAACACGUCAUUGAGUUCGAUGUCGAAAGUUUCUUCCAACACAACUGGUGAAUUUGAUGCACGAUCCAUGUUUCCAUUCCGAAUCAAGCAUCUCGGGUCUCAGGAAGUGCAUACACUGUAUGCACCCAGCGCCCAGAAUCGGCAGGAAUGGUGUGAGAAGAUUAUGUGGGCCAAGGAACGCCAUGCUGCAUCGCUCUUUUCUCAAAACGCGGAGCCUUUCCGGCUAAAGGUUCUAGCCGACACUGCAUUCGCCAUCGAUCCAAUGCAGGCUGGUGGAAGGAGCAGUGCUGGGAUUCCAGUCGUUGGAACGCCGUUGGACAGGGCAAUUAAAGAUAUCGAGCGGGAGUAUGGCCAUGCAAGACAGUCCCCGGUUUGCCGAACACAAGUCAAUUGCGCGACAGCAUUCGCCAUGUACGGCAAAUCUAUGGUUGCUAUUGGUGCGGAUAACGGGGUCUACAUAUCGGAGGUCAACAACCCCCGAGGAUGGACAAGAUCUAUACAGGCGAGUCGCAUUACUCAGAUAGCAGUCCUCGAGGAUUUCUCUAUCUGCCUCGUCUUAUCCGAUAAAUCUCUCAUCGCCUAUCACCUCGAUUCCGUCGUCCCCGUCUCCAACUUCCCAGCACCGCAGCACGACUCAGCGCGCCGCGCUCCGCAGAAGAUCUCCGGCUCCCGCGAAGUCUCCUUCUUCGCCACGGCGCGGAUGAAGGAUCGCACACUCGUCUUCUACAAAGGGCGCGGAAACAUCGCAACUUCGUCCUCAUCUACAUUCAAGGUGUUGGAGCCUGUCUUCCAGAAAUCGUCUGAGAAGAAAUCGAAACUUUUCGGGCGAUCCAAGACGGGUGGCGGCACAACUGAGUUCUUCCGCGAGUUCGACGAGUUCUAUAUCCCCGUGGAAUGCUUCGGUAUUAAUCUCUUCCACUCCUACAUCGCCGUCUGCACAAUCAAGGGAUUCGAGCUCCUCACACUAGACAAGAAGAUUACGAUGAGCAUCCCCGACCCCAACCAGCCCAACAUCGCAUCCAUAGCCGACCGUCUCAAAGACCAGAAGCCGCUAGGCAUGUUCCGCCUCUCCGACGCCGAGUUCCUCCUCUGCUACCAGGACUGCGGCGUCUACAUCGACAAGCACGGCGAGGUCUCGCGCAGCGUGGUCCUCGAGUUCGUCGGCAAGGCCAAGUCGGCCGCCAUGUUCGGCGCGUACCUGAUCCUCUUCGACACGGACUUCGUCGAGGUGCGGAACGCGGAGAAUGGCCGCCUGAGACAGAUCAUCGCGGGGAAGGACGUUAGGUGUCUGGAUUACGGGGUGCAGGGCGCGAGUACGAUGGCGAGGAGGUCGCUGAAGGUGGCGAUGGCGCAUCCGGAGAUGGCGAACUGUCAGCUGGUUGUGGAGUUGGUGCUUAAUGAGGGGCAGAGGGAGUAAUGCUUGUCGCCUUCGAAUAUCAAGAGGAGGGAUGGAUGCAACAAAUAGUCGUGAUGCGGAGGGGCAUGCGAUGAUGAUGAGAGAGGGACGCGUUUUAUGCAGAUAUCAUGUCAUGAGGAGAUUCAUAUGUGUAGAUACCACGGCGUUUUAGUUCGUGUUUUUUACCGAUUUGGGUUGGGGAGGCGGGUUAAUUUUUUGAGUAUAGAGGCUUUUGGUUGCCUUCAUGAUGCGGGAUGAGGGGGGGCCCGGUUUAUAUUUGGUGAUUAGAUAGGAAUGGAUGAUGGAUUCUUCUUCAUUAUAUGAGUCUUUAUUUACUUGGUCGUGGUUGGAGAUUAUUUAUAAAUUUAUAAUAUUACAUGGCACGAAUAAUAGAGACUAUGAACACCAC